CGUUUGCGAAGUUCUCUGGACUGGUUAUUGACUUGGGAGUGCUGUGUGGGAGAAGGUUUGCGCUGUGUUGGAGACUGGUUUUGAAGAUGGUUCCCCUGGCCCUCCUCGCCGCGCUGCUGGCUACUCUGGGGUCCUCCAUGGGGUCCCCCAACCUCUACCUCCACCUUGGUUAUGAUAGGAGACCCCCCUGUGGUACGGACCCCCGACGAGAGGUUCGCCACCCUGCCUCAGCUGGGGUACCCGUGGACCCCCAGAUACCUGCAGAUGAAGCAUCAGGGGAACCAGUUUCUUAGGGUGCAUUAUAUUGACGAAGGCCCUCGCGACGCGUCCGAAACUCUUCUCCUCCUCCACGGAACACCGGCUUGGUCUUACCUCUACCGGAAGACGAUCCCCACCCUCCUCGCUGCCGGAUACCGAGUCGUAGCCAUAGACCACAUCGGGUUCGGACGUUCGGACAAGCUCACUGAUCCGGCAGCUUAUACCCAUGAACUGCAUGUGGCAACAGUGGUCAACACCGUACGCGAUCUCGACUUGAAGGGCGUGACGCUCGUGGGCCACGACCUCGGGGGCCCGACGGGGCUGAGCGCCCUGUCGCGGGACUCGGGCCGCUACCGCCGCGUGGUCCUGCUCAACACGUGGCUUCCUCAGGGCGACAUGUUCUCGUCCCUCUCGAGCAUCAAGGAGCACCUGCCGUACCUGUCCUUCCGCGGCCUCACCCAGGUCCUCGGCCGCAACGUGCCCAUAGAGACCGUCUUCUCCGUGGCCACGCAGUCCUCCGCCGCCGAGCUGCAGGGCUACGUGGCGCCGUACCCUUCGUCGCUGUACAAGGCGGGUCCCUCCCGCUGGCCGCUCCUCAUCCCGACGUCCUCCUCCGACCCCAUGGGCGUCGAGAACCGGAGGGUCGCCGCCUUCCUCGAGGGGUGGGGCGGGCCUGCCCUCGUGGCCUACAGCGACAGGGAGGUCUUCACCCUCCCCGGCCGGGACCUCUUCCGCCGCCUCCUGCCCAGAGCAUGCACGGCCACGGUCAACGACGCAGGACACUUCCUGCAGGAGGAUCAGGGGCCUGCCGUGGCUAAGCUCAUCGUGCAGUUCAUCCACGGACAGUGUUGAUGCGCGGGAGUCAGGAUUGUGAAAGGGUGUUACUAUUACUAUUAUUAUUAUUAUAUUAUUUUUUGAUGUGUUACUAUUACUAUUAUUAUUAUUAUUAUUAUUAUUUUUACAUUAACAGGAUACUUUUGUAUUUUUAUCACUCAAUUUUAACACAGAUAUCAACACCUUUUUUCUGAGAGGCUUUAAUUUAGAAGUAAUGUUAAGGCUACCUAAUGCAUAUGAUGUGCUAUUGGGUAUGAUGUCAGAGAGAAGAUGGCUUUUGAUAGGCAUUAUCGCUUUUUAUCUAUGUUGUUACCUAUUUAUUCUGUCCAUUUGUUGUAGGCAUUAGCCGCAUACCGCACAAUGAGAAUAAAGGAUG